AUGGUGGAGGGACAAGAAAGACCAUUACCACAGCAAUUUCCUGCACCAGGAAAAUACCCUUGGCUGUUAUACCGUCAUGGCAAAGGCUAUAACGACCUAACCUUUUGCACGAUAUCUCCUUCUGGACCUGUGAAGAGCGAGCGAAAGAGGAUCCCAGAAUUAAUAGAUAAAACAGUUGUAUAUUGUUCUGAAGACGGCUGGUUAGUCUUGGCCGAUAUCGAGACCAAGUGGACGUACUCAAUUUGGAACCCCGCGACUUCACAAUGCUUUGAUCUUCCCCGUCUAAAAUCAAAGCUGCUCUUUAUCGAUAGUUUCUUGUCAUCGCCGCCAACUGAUCCAGGCUGUUUGGUAAUGUUAUUUGUGGCUAAAGCCCCGAUAAUCUUGUACUGCCGUCCUGGUGACCAAGAGUGGACUGAGUUUAAUUAUGGUGAGAGUUUGAAGGCCCAAACUUCAACCACAAAAGACAGCCGAGAAAAUUUUCUGUGUCAACCCGUAAGCUGCAAUGGUAGAAUCUAUGCGACAUCCGCAAGGAUUUUCUGUUUGAUGCGCAUAAACUUGGACAAGGAAUCCAACACUAUUUGUGGCAUAUCUUUAUUGAACCAGCAAAGGCCACCUUGGUACCACUUCCACUCAGUUCUUGUAAACCUUUGGUUGGUGGGAUCUGGGGAUGAGCUUUUCUCAGUUCACAGCUGUUAUGGCUCGCUAGACUUUUGCGACACCCUGACUAUUGAGAUCAACAAAUUCAACUUCCCAUCAAAUUUAUGGGAGAAGGUGACAAGUCUGAAUGGCCGAACCUUGUUUUUGGGCGAGCACUACAGCUUUUCGUGUCCGGGUCCAAUGGCGUCGUGCGACUCAGACUCGGACAUGGAAGAAGCUGGGAGAGGGAGUUGCAUUUAUUUCACUGACCGCUUUGAUGCAACGUUGUACUCGUACAAGAUCGAGGAUGAAAGCAUUACAACGUAUUUACCUUGCCCGGAUUUACCAAAACCAUGGCUUCUUUUUCCCACUUGGAUAAUGCCUGUUCAAAGGUCCGAGCACCAUACAACUACCAAAGAAGAUGAAGAAAUGCUGCCCCAAGAAAAUAAUGUUGAGGUCAAUAAUAGUAGCGCAGAGAUCAUCGAGGAAGAGGGACGCUUGUGCGAUCUCCCGCCAGAUAUGCUCGCAAUGGUCUGCGGAAAUCUUUCUUUUGUUGAUUACAUGAAUUUUCGUUGCCUUAAUAGAAUCUGUGCCUCCACCGUUAGGAUGAAAUCCAACUCACUCCCUCGGCCAUUUCUCAUCUUCUCCAAUAGAGAAAAGGAGUCUAUGAAAUUGUUGAAUCCAGGCUACAGGGCAAGCACUCAGUCACGGUUCCUGAGGCUAUUGAAGAUCAUACAAUUCGCUAUGCCAAGGACGGAUGGUCUAAAGCUAGAAGCCGAAACUGAUAAUGACAUCAUGGAGAUGGAGGAGGAUGGAAAUGCCGAGGUUGAAGAUGGUAACUAUGUUAUGGAAUGGAGAAUUAAUCUCGACCUGGAAAGGCCUUGCAAGAAUUUUCGACGCACUUACUUGGUGGAGUGUGAUGAGAAUCUUCUGUCUGUAUUUGAGGGGCGCAGGGGAAAUAGAGUUUGGAUUCGAGUGUACAAGCUAAUUAACGACGAGCAGAACUGGCAAGAGAUGAACAGCUUGGGGAACUAUUCACUGUAUCUCAGCCGGUAUUCAUCUAUCGCCCGCCUUGAGGAAAGCCCAGAUAUGGCCAACAGAAUUUACUUUCCAGAUUUUAUCAAGGUGGCCUGCUUUAUUAUUCUUUGA